UUAAUGUGACGUCAUAUGGUGAAAACCUGUUGAUAAACUGUAUGGAAGCCUGUGAUUUCUGGAUUUAUUUUCAUUAAUAUUACUAAAUUAAGUAAUACUAUAACUAUGCCAAAGCAGUGUGUUGCUGGUGGUUGCACUAACAGUAGUGGGGAUGGAUUUCGCAUGCAGGUGUGGCCGAAAGAUCCCAUUGUUGCAGAAAAAUGGACUCAGUUUGUAAAGCAAACCAGGGAGAAUUGGACUGGCCCUUCUGCUUACUCUUUAUUAUGCUCUGCCCAUUUUGAGGAAGACUGUUAUUUUAACACUCCAACCUUGGAACUAUGCGGAUAUCCGGCAAGAAGAGUGAAAGAUGCAGUCCCAACCAUCCAUAAAAGAAUUCAAACCAAACCAUGCGACAGAGGGAGAAGACAUGAUGUGAAGCCAUACCACUACCAAUUGAAAAAAUCCACCAUCCAGAAAAAACCUCGUCAUCAAGAUCUCACUAAAAUAGAGCAAUCAACUUCAAUUCCGGUGAAAAGUGUUGACUGGCUGAUGUUGGAACAUAAUUAUGCUUUUACAUCUCAUGAAAAUAAAAUAAAACAAGAACCGAACAUUCAAAUGCAAGAACCAGAUGAGAAAAUCAAUCCUAAUGAAAACAAGAUAAGAUAUAAUCAGUCCACACAAAUCAAAAAAAGAAAACAUAGAAAAAAGAGGAACUUAUCCAUGUACGGUGGUAAAACUAAACUUGAACGAAACCCUUUCCGGCAUCGAAAACGUGUUACGCCUUCGAAUUUUCCAAGAGACGAGAAAAGUAAAAUUCUGUUGCCCAACCAUCAUGAUUCAAAAGAUGAUAUCACAAUGCAGAAGAUGAGAACUAAUGUGAAGAGGGAAAGACAAAGCUUCCUAUCAUACAAUCGAAAAACCAAAUUGCAGAGAAAUUUGGCAAAGUCGUAUGACAACACAAGACGAAAAUCCGAAAACAAACAGGACACAGGAGAUUGCAAAGACAACCUCCAAUGGAUAAAAACUGAACCAACCUCUGAAAAUGAAUCUUUUGAUAAGGCGGCAAAACCGGAUGAAGAAGUUGAAGAUACUCAUGCCACAUACCAAAUAGAUCUUCUGGAAUCUCUCUAUGCAAUGCAGAAGAACGGAAAGCUCUGCGAUUUAACAUUCAAAGUCAACAGUUCCAAGACAAGACGACAGGUGACUUUGAAAGCACAUAAACUCAUAUUUGCAACAAUAUCAAAGAAAAUAAGACUUCAUAGGAAUGAAGUUUUCGAAGUCGAUGAAGAAUUGAGUAUGCAAGAUCUUAUCAAGAUUAUAGAAUUUGCUUAUACUGGAAAAAUCAUUGGCCUUGAAGACAUGGAAGCUGAUGAAAUUGGUAUGAUACGUGAAGCAGCUAUUUCUUUGGAUAUUUCAAAAUGUGUGGAUUAUAUUGACAAAAUAUAUUUGAAAAACAACAAAAUGAAUGGAGAAAUCUUAUUGGACAAAGAGAUUCUUCAUGGUGAUGGAGAAAAAGAAAACGAUUAUCUUGAUAUCAAACCUCCGAAUAUAGAUGAAUAUCUGCCACUUUAUUUUACUCAAAAUGAGUCGGAUGUGGAAUCUACUCAAGAUUAUGAUACGACCGAUACAGAGGAUGAAAUUUCAAUCAAAAAAUGUACUGAUUAUGAUAACGACGAUGAAACCCCGAUCAAGCCGAAAACUUUUACAAUGAGUCGACAUCCAUCUUUUCCUUCUAAAUUGCUAAAAGAUACUUCCUCUGUUAAAGAGGAAUAUAUUGUUAUUGAUUAAAUGGAACAUUUUCAUGA